AACUACUGACCAUAAUCCCACCACCCUUAAUAGCAUCUUUUUUUUAAACAGUGUGAUGACUGUAUAUGUCAAGUAUGAUGACUGUAUCAGACUCGCACGUGCCACCUAUAUAUAACGGCCACGCCUAUUCCGCCGCUAUGAAAAACACAGUGCCAGUGAGUGAGUGCGUGCUCUCUAUAGAUCUGAUGCUCCAUCACUAGCCCACUUCUCCUUUUUUUUUUUUUUUCUCUUCUCCACAAAAGGAAUAUUACACUCAUACAAACAGAAGAAAAAAGCAGAGAGAAGAAAAAAGUCCUGUGCUAAUAAUGGGGGAGGAAGAGAAGAAGUCGGAGGAAGCAAAGAAAGAUGAUCCACCAAAAGAUGAAAAAACAAGCGUAGGCGAAGAGAAGAAAGAGGAAAAAAAGGUGGAGGAAGAAUCUAAGGAAGCAAAACCAGAACCUCCACCACCACCACCACCACCUCCUGAAAUUGUUUUGAGAGUUUUCAUGCAUUGUGAAGGUUGUGCUCGUAAAGUCCGCAAAUCUCUCAAAGGAUUCCAAGGAGUUGAAGAUGUGUUGACGGAUUGUAAGACGCAUAAGGUUGUAGUGAAAGGAGAAAAAGCCGAUCCAUUGAAAGUAUUGGAGAGAAUACAGAAAAAGAGUCAUCGGCAAGUAGAGCUUCUUUCUCCAAUACCAAAGCCGGCGCCGCCACCGGCCGAAGAGACAAAGAAAGCGGAGGAAAAAGAAGCCGUUAAACCCGAAGAGAAAAAAGAGGAGCCCCAGGUGAUUACUGUAGUUCUGAAAGUUCACAUGCAUUGUGAGGCUUGUGCACAAGAAAUCAAAAAACGUAUACAAAGAAUGAAAGGUGUGGAGAAUGCGGAACCAGACUUGAAAAACUCACAAGUGACGGUGAAAGGUGCGUUUGAGGCAACGAAACUGGUGGAAUAUGUAAGCAAAAGGACCGGAAAACAGGCAGUUAUCGUGAAAGUAGAACCAGAAAAGAAAGCGGAGGAGGAGAGGGAGCCGAAAGAAGAUAAAAAAGCAGAGAAGAAAACCGAUGAAAAAGAAGCAAAGAAAGCUGAAGAAGGUGACAAAAAAGAGGAGAAGAAGGAAGAAGCAGCACCACCAGCUGCAGCAAAAGAAGAGACCGUACAAAACGACGCCGAUCCAAAACUAGACGUGAAGAAGAAUGAGUUUUACUACUACCAUCAUCCUCAGAAUCAUCAGCUGUAUAAUCCGCAGAGGUUUGCUCAUGAAAUGCACGAGUACCCUCCGCCUCCCCAGAUAUUCAGCGAUGAAAACCCGAAUGCAUGUUCCGUGAUGUAAAUUCGGAGGAACAUGAGGGGUAGAAUGGGAAUUUCCUCGCCAGCCAGCCUUUGUCUUGGGACAAAUUCUGUAACCCCUUUGUACUUUUUUUGUUUUCCUUAUUAAUUAUAAUCCUGUUGUUAUAUACUCCCUAUAUGUACUAUUAUACAAUAAACAAACAGUACUAUAUCAAAAUUUUAAA